AUGUGGGCGCUGCUGGGGCUGGCUCUGGGGCUGCUGGCCACCCUGGGCUGGUGGCCAGGCGGGAUGCUGGGGGCAGUGGGGGGUACCCCACAGCGCACCCGGACCUACAUCGUCCCCAUCGAGGGGACCCCCCGCACCGUGCGCUUGCGGCAGCAAGUGUUUUUGCCAGAGGAUUUCCGGAUCUAUACCGAUGGCCGAGGGGGGCUUGCAAAAUCUGAACUGGCACAUAUCGAGCGCGACUGCUUCUACGAAGGCUACGUCGAGGGUCUCCCUGUUUCGCUCGUGGCGCUCAGCACCUGCUCCGGCCUGAGCGGGAUCCUGCAGCUCGCGAAUGCCAGCUAUGGGAUCAAGCCUCUGGGGGCUUCCGCUGGGUAUCAGCAUCUCGUGUACCCGGUGUGGAACAAAAAUGUAGAGGCUCGACUGUUUGUAGAAAACAGCUCUCUUGCCUGGACCGGGGAGGUGUCACGGAAGCCAGAGGAUGCGAUAAGUAAGCAAGCUGUCCGUAGAUCCCUCUGGUAUCUGGAAAUGCACGCAGUUUUGGACAAGGCUCUGUAUGACUACAUGGGAGCAGACAAGGAUGCAGUGACAGCCAAGGUGGUGCAGCUUUUCAGCUACGUGAACAGUAUGUUUGCUCGUCUCAACCUGACAAUAGUGCUGUCGUCUCUGGAGUUCUGGACGGAAAAGAACAAAAUCCCAACCACGGGAGAUGCUGAGGAGUUGCUGCAGAGAUUUUUGCAGUGGAAAAAUGUGCAUCGUGUGUUGCGGCUGCAGGACAUAACGUUCCUACUUGUUUACAGGGAGCAGUCCCGUUACGUGGGCGCAUCUUCUGUGAGGAAGCUGUGUCUCAGAAACCGCGCUGGAGGCGUUGCCUUGUACCCCCGGGCUAUGACGCUGGAGGCGUUUGCGGUGAUCGUGUCCCGGCUGCUGGGGCUCAGCCUGGGGAUGACGUACGACGAUCCCGGGAGCUGUCACUGCGCAGGAGCCGCCUGCAUAAUGCAGGCCAGUUCGGUACACUCGGCUGGCGUGAAAGCCUUCAGCAGCUGCAGCGUAAGAGACUUCCAGCGUUUCCUCGCGGCCGGGGAAGGGCAGUGUCUGCUGAACCGGCCAGCCUUGGACGCAGCGUAUAAAGCUCCCGUGUGCGGCAACAAAGUGGUGGAGCUGGGAGAGGCUUGUGACUGCGGUACGGCAGAGGAGUGUCAGCGUGACCCGUGCUGCACCGUUGGCUGCAAGAUGAGGAGAGGGGCACAGUGCCUGUCGGGACCGUGCUGCCAGAAGUGCCGGUUUGUGAAAAAAGGCAGGUUAUGUAGAAGCAGCUCUGAGGACGAGUGCGAGUUGAAGGAAUAUUGCAACGGCACAUCUGGGGAGUGCACACCCAACCUCUGGGUCAUGGACGGGCAUCCCUGCAGCAGGAACAGCGCCUUCUGCUACCGGGGAGUCUGCCAGACCGCCGAUAAGCAGUGUCAGAAGGUCUUUGGCCGAGGCGCCAAGAACGGGCCCUUGGCUUGCUACAAAGAAAUUAACAGCCAAAGGGACAGAAUGGGACACUGCGGCUCCGAUGGCCGUGGCUACCAGCGUUGUGCGUGGAAAGAUCUGCAAUGCGGGAAGCUCGUGUGUGAAUAUCCAGGCUCCAGGCCCUUUACCAAGGAGAAGGCUGCUGUGGUCUAUGCUCGAGUGCAGAACAAGCUGUGUGUAACGUUAGACUACAUGAAGCCUCCCACGGAGAGGGACCCCAUGCUGGUGAACGACGGCACUGUCUGUGAUGAGCACAAGAUCUGCCUGAACCAGCAGUGUGUGCCUGCUGCUGUCCUGAACUACAAAUGUGAGAUGAAGACCAAGUGCCACAAUCACGGUGUCUGCGAUAACCAAGGGAGCUGCCAUUGCCAUCCCGGCUGGAAACCACCGACUUGCCAGGAGAAAGCAGGGGUGACGGGUGGGAGCGGCAGCAGCCUGUACGGAGAUGACAUCGAGGGCGAGGGCUCGCUGAAGCUGUGGCUGCUUCUGGCCUUCUGCCUCUUUGUGCCUGUCGCCGUCGGGCUCAUCCUCAUGGCUCUAAGGAGAAGCCUCCCGAGGUGCUGUCUCACCACAGAGGAGUUGGAUAAAGACAACGCGUGCAGGAGCGCAGUCCCUGGAGAGCACGGCGCGGAGCACGCUGCGGUGCAGCACGGUGGAGGGGACCCCCCCGGCCCCGGGCUUGGAGCGACCCUCAGCCUGGGUAGUGGUCGCUGUAUGCGUGUGUAG